AGCGAAAGGAGGGGAAGCAAAACAAUCUGACUUUGUCUUUUCUCUCUCUCUCUCUCAUAGGAACUUAAGAGAAAGCGGUGGGAAAGAAGAUGCCGAGGCCAGGGCCAAGACCGUACGAAUGCAUCAGAAGAGUUUGGCAUAGUGACAGACACCAACCCAUAAGGGGUUUGCUCAUCCAAGAGAUUUUCAGGAUUGCUUGUGAGAUUCACAGCCAAUCUACCAAGAAGAACACUGAAUGGCAAGAGAAGCUCCCUGUUGUUGUCUUGAGAGCUGAAGAAAUCAUGUACUCCAAAGCCAAUUCUGAGGCUGAGUAUAUGGACAUGAAUACACUUUUGGACCGUACAAACGACGCCAUUAACACCAUAAUCCGACUCGAUGAGACCACCGAAAAAGGGGAGUUUCUUCAGCCUUGUAUUGAAGCUGCUUUGCAUUUGGGUUGCACGCCAAGGAGAGCUUCAAGAAGCCAACGGAACAUAAACCCCAGAUGUUAUCUUAGCCAAGACUCAACUAAGUUGGACAACAUUUUGUCUCCGCAAUACCAAGCCUUCAUGAAACAGAACAACUUUUGUCCGAAGAAUCUUCAGGUUAUGAGUUUUCACAGCGAUGUUCAAGAGAAGUGGGUCGAGAGAUGCCCUGUCUCCAAGUACUCAAGCUACCCUUUGUGUUAUUCAUUCAGGGUUCCUUCUUUGCCAAGAUCUAACAAUGUCACUGACUCGUACAAGUCGAACAAGAGCAGCAAACCUGUGAUUGCCACUGAUGCAACAAAGGGCACUACUACCUUUGAUGGGUGUGAUCUAUCUCUGCGCUUAGGACCUCUUGGAGAUAUCAGAUCUCCUAGUCAGAAACGGAGUAAGAUAAGCAGCUGUAACAACAGCAACAAAAGCUGAAAAUUGAGAGUAAGAUAGCGAGUCUUGUAUUAGAGGAUGUCUCUUAGUUAGCUAUUUUAGUUCCUCUGUAGGUUUUAGGUGUCUUUAGAUAUGUAAAUGGAGAGAGAGAGAUAAUGAUGGAAACAGAGCAGUCUUCUUCUUCUUUUUGUCAGUUCAUUAAUCUUGUAUCAUCAAACUUCCAUGUACUUUUAAUAGCAUGAUUUCGAAAUA